UUCUGUAUUAUCUACAGUUUGGAUUCUUUCUCUAUCUCUCUGUGCUUUGAGAUUAAGCUAUGGCAGGAGGACUAGCCAUAGAGAGUGAAGGAAGGCAGUACAAUGGCAGCAUUACCCCAUUUGUUAUCCUUUCUUGUAUGGUAGCUGCCAUGGGAGGACUUAUUUUUGGCUAUGAUAUUGGAAUUUCAGGUGGAGUGACAUCUAUGGAAUCAUUUCUCAGAAAAUUUUUCCCAGAAGUUUACAAUAAAAUGAAAGAAGAUACUGAGAUUAGCAACUAUUGCAAAUUUGAUAGUCAACUUUUAACCUCCUUCACUUCAUCACUCUAUCUGGCUGGUCUUAUCGCUUCCUUUGUCGCCUCAUCAGUCACUAGAUACUUCGGGCGAAAACCAUCAAUUCUUGCAGGUGGUGCUGCAUUUCUUUCUGGUUCAGCCUUAAAUGGAGCUGCAUCAAAUUUGUACAUGCUAAUAUUUGGUCGUGUCCUGCUCGGAGUUGGGGUUGGCUUUGCAAACCAGUCAGUUCCUCUUUACCUUUCUGAAAUGGCACCUGCACAAUAUAGAGGAGCAAUCAACAAUGGAUUCCAGCUAUGUGUUGGAAUUGGUGUACUCUCAGCUAAUUUUAUUAAUUUUGGAACUGAAAAAAUUGAAGGUGGUUGGGGCUGGCGAAUUUCUCUAGCAAUGGCAGCAGUUCCAGCCUUAAUACUAACACUAGGUGCAAUUUUCCUACCAGAAACACCCAACAGCUUAAUUCAACGAUCCAAUGAUCACCAAAAGGCUAAAGCUAUGCUACAACGAAUACGAGGCACAGCCAAUGUUCAAGCAGAGCUUGAUGAUCUCAUUAGAGCAAGUUCAAUUUCAAUUAAGCACCCAUUCAAGAAAAUCAUUCAGAGAAAAUAUAGGCCUCAACUAGUAAUGGCAAUAGCAAUACCAUUUUUUCAACAAGUAACAGGCAUCAAUGUCAUUUCAUUUUACGCUCCAAUACUAUUCAGGACUAUUGGUCUAAGUGAAAGCCUCUCACUAAUCAUGUCUGCACUUAUAGCUGGGGUUGCAGGCACAACUGCAACAUUUAUAUCAAUGCUUGUAGUAGACAGACUCGGCCGACGAGCAAUGUUCAUAUUUGGGGGUGCACAAAUGUUUCUGUCACAGAUUGCGAUUGGAGGAAUUAUGGCAGCUGAAUUAGGUGAUCAUGGAAGUAUUGGAAAAGGGUAUGCAAGUUUGGUUUUGAUUAUGAUAUGUGUAUAUGUAACUGGGUUUGCUUGGUCAUGGGGUCCAUUGGGAUGGCUAGUACCAAGCGAGAUUUUCCAGUUAGAGAUAAGAUCAGCAGGACAAGGUAUUGUUGUGGCAGUGAAUUUCCUUUUUACAUUUGUUGUUGCACAGACUUUUCUAACUAUGCUUUGCUACUUCAAGUCCGGCAUUUUCUUCUUUUUUGGAGGGUGGGUUGCUGUUAUGACUGCAUUUGUGUUCUUCCUGUUGCCUGAGACUAAAAAUAUGCCAAUUGAGUUAAUGGAUAUAGUUUGGAAAGAGCACUGGUUUUGGAAGAGAAUUGUAGGGGAAGAAGUAAAUGAUAAGAAUAAGCCUCAAUUGGCAUGAUAUUCGAGUUUUAGUUACAGUAGAUCGGACGUUCAAAUCUGGAAAAAUUACAUGCUUUAUGUAAAAAUUCAUGUUGUACCAAAAGAAUGUAGAUUUAAAUGCAAAGAUACAUUUUUAUGCAA